AUGUGGGUGCCUACUCACAAAAAGCUGCGAUGGGUCUAUCUAUCUAUCUUCACUGCUCAACAUCAUCGACAACAACUUUAUUCAGUAGAUCUAUAUAUUGGGCUCUCUACGGAUCUAUCUAUCUAUCUAUCUAUCUAUCUAUCUCAUUCUGUUCAUAUCUAUCUAUGUAUAUCAUAUUGCUCUGUAGUCUCUAUAUUGGGCUCUCUACGGAUCUAUCUAUCUAUCUAUCUAUCUAUCUAUCUAUCUAUCUAUCUAUCUAUCUAUCUAUCUAUCUAUCUAUUCUAUCCGAAUGACCGAAUGAAUAAAUACAAUCUCUGCUACGCUUGGCCAGAUUUCGUUCGAAUAUACACUGAUAUCUAUCUAUCUAUCUAUCUAUCUAUCUAUCUAUCUAUCUAUCUAUCUAUCUAUCUAUCUAUCUAUCUAUCUUAUUCUGCUCUUAUAUACCCAUCUCAUUAUAUUCAUUAUCUAUCUAUCUAUCUAUCUAUCUAUCUAUCUAUCUAUCUAUCUAUCUAUCUAUUGCUAUAA